AUGCCCUUACUUCAUGUAACAACUUUCAAGAAUGAGCACUUACAUUCUACCCAAGAAGACCUUGAAGUUUCUUACAAUACAAGUUGUACACUGACUUCGUCUAUAAUUGAUGACAUAGUAAGGUCUAAUGUGGAUAAAAGACCCAAUGAAAUCAAAGCUGACAUAUAUAGAGACUAUGGCAUAAGUUUAACUUAUCGUCAAGCUUUAAGAGCAAAAGAAAGGGCAUUGGUAGAAAUAAAUGGGCUUCCUGACCAAUCAUAUAUGCUUGUUCCUUGGUUGUGUAAUAGACUAAUGGAGACUGAUGCUGACACUGUAGCAAAAUGGGUGGAUGGAUGUUUUCUCAAUGGUCCUUAUCAAGGCACCUUACUAGCAGCUUCAACAUACGGUGCCGAUAAUGAGUUGUUUCCAUUAGCUUUUGCAGUAACUAUUGUUUCUGAUAGAAAUAAUGCUAUUAUUGGUGCUGUUAGAGCCAUAUUUGGUGGUGAUAGACAUGCAUUUUACUAUCGACAUGUUAAGGAGAAUUUUAGCUCUGAGUUUAACAAAGUUUGUAGGGGAAUGGGAAGGAACAGCAAAGAAGAGGCACUAAAGUUGCUUGAUUACAUUGCCUAUGCAAGAUGGGAUAAGAUAACAACCAACUUGGCCGAAUCAUUCAAUGCAUGGAUUCUUGAGGAGAGGAGGCAUAAUAUAUGUGUUCUUAUAAAUGAGCAUAGGGACAAGUUGAGCAAGAAAUUUUUUGCAAGUAAGGCAGCCAUGAGUAAGUGGAAAAGCAUAGUUGGUCCCAAUGUUGAAGCAAAGUUGAAGGAAAAUAUUUUUAGGGUAGAAGUUAUGAUAGUUCAGCUGCAUGGCUCACAUAUUGCAUUGGUUCGGACAUCAUGUGGAGAUGUAUGUGUGAAUCUGAUACUAAAGGAAUGCACAUGCAAAGUUUGGCAAAUGUUUAGCAUUCCUUGCCCAUAUGCUUGUGCAGCCAUUAAAGAAGUGCAUGGUAAUGUGUAUAACUAUUUCGAGGAAUGUUAUCUUCAUAGCUCACAAGAGAAAAUAUACAGUAGCACUAUGCAUCCUGUUAAGACCCAUGACAUGCCAAAGCCAAAUGCGUUAACAGUAUCUCAGCUCAUGAAACAAACCUUUUUGCUGCCUCCUAGAACAUUUCGACCAACUGGCAGACCUCGUCAUGUGAGGAUCGAGUUUCAACAUUAA